AUGCCACUGCUCGGUGACGGGCCCAUCUGGCACUACUACAAGCAGAUCUACACCGGUCCGUGCAAGGACAACAUUCUGCCCUCACUGCUCUUCUACAGCAACUUUGCCAGCUCGCUGGACGAUGUCUGCGUUCCACCUUCAGUCAUUCUCUCGACGCUCUUCUACCUGAGUCUCGCGGCGCCCAUCAUCCUCUACUCGCUGAACAACAAAAUGCUGGGCGCAAUUGUUUUCCUCGGUCUCAUCCUCCUUGGAUCAAUUGCCAGCGUUCUGCCGAAGUACGUCUUCAACCUGCCAGUGGCCCCAUACGAGAUUGCGGCCAUGUCCUCGGUGGCGCAGGCGAAGCUCUCCUUCGUCCACUACUACGCCGCCACCGACCAGCUGCUGGUCGUCUUUGUCUGUGGCCUCUUCAUCGGCUACCUCAUCAAGUGCAAGCCGAAGAUCAACCUGGGCGGCACCUUCACUAAUUUGGUCCUGUGGGUGGGCCUGAUGGCGCUGCCCUUCAUCUCCACCAACUGGAACGAGGGCUUCAAGCCACUGGAGGGCAACUUUUCGCAGUUUAGCUUUGUCUCUUGGUUCGUCCUCAGUAAGAUCAUGUGGGCGGCUGGCUUCGGCUGGAUGAUGUUUGCCUGCAGCACUGAUCGAGCAGGUCCCUUUAGUGACCUUUUCCGCGUGCCAUUGCUUCGGCCGCUGACCAAGCUCGCCUUCACCGUGUACAUCAACCACAUAACCAUUCUCAGCUUUCGUCAGCUGAGCAAGAAGGAACUUGGGCCGCUUACUCAUGUUGAAAUUCUCACCGAUGACCUUGCGGACAUCGUCAUCGCCUUCAUCGUUUCCUACAUCUUCUACAUUUUGAUCGAGCGGCCAAUGUACUACUGGAUCAAGAUAGUGCUGCAGCUGCAGCCACAGCAGCUGCCACCGAAUGGUGGUCGAUUCUCCACCAAUGAUCUCGAGUCCAAUGGAAAGCGAAACAGGAAGGAGGAGGAGGGCGAGUUUGCCCUGAAGCCACUCAACUCUUCGGAGACUCGUCACUGA